CUUCAAACAACCCAACUUGUGUAACCGCGUAAACACCCCGCCUUGCUUUGCUGCUGCUCCGCGCAAACGAUUGCUUCGCCGUGAGCUUGCCCGCGCUGCGCUCGAUCCAAUGCUCGCAGACGUCGCGCCCGACAUAGCUCCGAUAUUCCAUGUGCGCGUAUCAUAGCCGAUCCGUGCUAUCAACAUCCGCCCCUCCACCACUGAGGGACUACCUACCCCACCAUGGAAAGGCCCAGGAAGCGAGAGCUUCGUGAGCUCAAUUUUCGCGCGUGGGAUGGCGAGCAAGAUGUGUUCCCCGUACAAGGCUCGCUCGACUCGUCCAUGAAGAAGAACACCGCCUUUAUCAAGCGUCUCCGAACUGCCAUCAAUGCGUCCUCCCAAACUCAAUUCCUUCAAGAGAUCCGCACUCUGUCCCUGCACAAGUACCUCUCCGAGAUUAUCUCAGCAUGCUACGAAGGCCUCUGCAAGCUCAAGACCCCCGGUGAGAUCGCGACCGGUGUCGAAAUCAUCAGCGCACUUCACCAACGCUUUGGUCCUGCCGAGUUCACUGGAUAUAUUGGCUGGUAUAUUGGAAGGGGACUGGCAACACCGGACAAAGCACACCUCAAGACGCUGUCACAGGAAGUGCGCGACCGAGAAGAGAAGGAACGUUUGGCUCGUCAGCGCGUGCUUCUACGUGUGGCUACCGAACUCUGGCUGGUAGGAGUGUUGCGAAGCCUGGAUGACGUUGCGCGACCUGAAGAGGCGGGGAAAAACAAGGACAAUGGCAAGCUCGGGGAAACAUCUACCAAAACUAGGGCGCGUGUAGAGAACGCCGAUGCAGAGCCGUUCCCCUUGGAAGUGCUGAAGGACAUGCUCGGCCACGACCGCGAGCACGUCAACCUGCCACUGGUGGUCAUCUUCGUUAAAGCCUUCGCCUGGGAUAUUCUUGGUGCUAGGACAUCGUCUGUUGAGGGUCGGAAGACAGUCAACGAGGAUGGUACGACAACCGGUGACAAGAAUGAGGACACCUCGGCCACUGAGGACGAUGACCAGCCCAGCAAAGACCCGCCUAUCAUUGCUCCCGAUCUACAACAGCGUUUUAAGAACAUCUUCACGCGCUAUUUUGAAGAUGUCAAAGCACAUUUGCUACGAGACCAGAAGCAUCUUGCAUCUCAGGGCCGCAAGAACGCCGAAGCCUAUGUGAAGUCUGGAGAGGUCUUCGAAGACCGUCAGGCAAACUACGAGAAACAGUUGAAGGCACAAGAGCGGUUGGUAGCCAAUGCUCAGUUCAUGGCUGAUGCACUGGGUGUGGACAUGCCCGACCUGAAAGAGAAGGACAACUCUGCAAAUGCUGGGGACGGAUCCAUCGGUCUGAUCAAGGCUGGAGAAUACCUGCGCGGCCGUAGUGACGGACCAGGAAUCUGGGAAGACGAGGACGAGCGCCGCUUUUACGAGAACCUGAUCGAUUUGAAGGACCGAGUCCCUGGCAUUUUACUUGAGGAUGCCAAAAAGAAGAAUGUCGACACCAACGAGCAGGUCGGAAAGCGCAUCGAGGCGAAGGUAGAGACCGCUGAGAAAGAGGCCACAGAGGCACUCAAGGUCGCAGAUGCCGACGACCAGUCUACUGCCAUUGCAAACAAGUCUGUUGGUACGCAGGUAGAUGCAGUCCUUGCCCGCCUUCCAGAGCUCAACACCAAGGAUGCGGUGGACCAAACCGCAAUCGAUUUCUGUUUCCUCAACUCGAAAGCAUCACGCAACCGUCUUAUCAAGGCUGUACAAGAUAUCCCCAAGGGUCGAUCCGACCUGCUACCGAUCUACUCCAGGUUGAUUGCCACACUCGCCAAAUACAUGCCCGACGUUGCCCAGGGCCUCGUAUCCUACCUGGAUGAUGAGUUCCGAAGCCUGCAGCGACGCAAAUCGAAGGACUUCCUAGGACAAGUGCGUACACAAAAUGUGCGCUAUCUUGCAGAGCUGACCAAAUUUGGCGUCGUUCCUGAGCACGUCAUAUUCCACUGCCUCAAGGUCAGCCUGGAUGACUUCUCGAGGAUGAACAUUGAAAUCAUCUGCAACCUCCUUGAGAACUGCGGACGGUACCUCCUCCGCAACCCAGAUACAUCACCUCGCAUGGCCUCGUUCCUUGAAACACUCCAGCGCAAGAAGGGCGCUCAGGUGCUUGGCCAGCAAGAGCGCAUGCUGAUUGAGAACGCGAUCUAUUACGUCAAUCCACCAGAGCGUGCAGCUAUCGAGCAAAAGGAGCGGACACCGGUCGAACUGUUCUUGCGCAAGAUCAUGUAUCAGGAUCUGGCUCGCCGCACCCUAGAUAGAACUGUCAAGCAGAUUCGCAAGAUGCACUGGGAAGAGGAAGAGGUGGUGAACUUUCUGCACAAGAUUUUCUCCAAGCCUGGCAAGAUCAAGUACAGCAAUAUCCACUUGUUGGCUGUCAUCCUCGGCACCAUUCAUCGCUACCACCAGGACUUCGCCAUCGCCGUUAUCGACGAUCUUCUGGAAUCCAUCACAUUCGGCCUUGAACUGAACGACUUCAAGUUCAAUCAGCGCAGGAUCGCAGAGGUCAAGUUCCUUGGCGAAUUGUACAUAUAUCGACUCGUCGAUUCACCUCUUGUGUUCGACACACUGUACAAGUUGCUGAACUACGGAUGGCAGGGUGGGUACGCUCGUCCGGAUUUGUACAAUCCAUUAGAUCUGCCAGAUGACUACUUCCGCAUCCGCCUUGUUUGCAAUCUUCUCGAGACAUGUGGCAUGUACUACGACAAGGGAGCAGCGAAGAAGAAGCUCGACUUCUUCCUCACAUAUCUGCAAUACUACGUAUGCACCAAGGAGGCUCUGCCGAUGGACGUAGAGUUCAUUGUGCAGGACGCUUACGCUCUCGUUCGCCCCCAGUGGAAGCUGAUUACCGAUCUGGACGAAGCAUCUCGCGUCUUCGGUGAGGCUGUCAAGCAGAACUACCAAACAACGGCGGCUGACAAGCCUGCUGAGCCCGAAGAUGAGGAGGAAUCUGCUUCUGACGACGAUAUAGACGGCCCUGAGGACGAUGAUGUGGUCAUACCCGAAGGCGAAGACAAGUCGUCUGACGAGGACGAGGAGGAUUCUGAUGAGGACGAGCCUGUCAAGCAGAACCUUUCUGAUGACGAGGAGGAGCACAUUGUUGUGACACGUCAAGAGGAGGAGCGCGAUCCCGAAGCGGAAGCCGACUUUGAUCGAGAGCUUGCCAAGCUCAUGUCUGAGAGCGCUGACUCCCGCAAGUACGACCGCAAGCCUGUGUUCGACGUGCCUCUGCCGAUGCGCCGUGCUCGUGAGGCAACGACUAACCCUGAAGACGGCGUGAGCGAAGCUCCCGUCCCUGCUGCACCAUCUAACACAGUCAAAUUCUCACUCCUCAGCAAGCGUGGAAACAAGACGCAGACGCGAUCAAUUGACCUGCCCUCUGACUCGACCUUUGCCGUUGCCAUGCGUAACAAGCAGCAGGCUGAGAAGGAGGAGCAGCAGCGCAUCAAGAGCCUCGUUCUAAACUACAACGAAGCUCGUGAUGACGUCGACGACACUGGUCUGGACAAGACCCCUAAUCCGUAUGCGCAGCCGCGUCUCGACAAGGCUGGCAAUAACCGCAGCAAUCAGCGUGCCAGGAAGCUGCAACUCAGCGAUGUUAAUUGGACUUGAUCACACACUAUGAUGCCACAGACAGCACCCUCAACGAAACAUCCUUGAACGAUGAACACUGCUUUUGACAUCUGAUAAGGCACGCUAAGCAUGUCAUAGGAAGUACUGGGGUGAAGCUCCUGAGACUCCUUGACGACUCUGCGACCGCCAAGUCUAGCCCUUGCUAGGUCUCCGGCCACGCGCCUGUCAAUGCAACGCCCAAGCUACCGUCUGUACGACCGCACAGCACUGUGCAGCUCGCUAACCCAUGGAGGACGUGCAUGCAUCGGCAGUGAUAUGGAAGCAUGGGUGACGGCAGUCACAGCUGGUACUUCGACUACCUGUGUUGGCUUGGGGGACAACAGCACAAAUGGACGAAGAGUACACAAUGCACUCUUCCGCCAUGGCAUAUGGUUCUUAACUUUAUUACAAUCGAC